AUGAACACUGGUAACGACACUCCUUCGGGGAUUACUAGCAGUGCCGAUCGCAUGGUCGGCAUGGAGCACUCUGAAGUCCGCUACUUCACUAGCUACGACCACCACGGUAUCCACGAGGAGAUGCUGAAAGAUGAUGUUCGCACCCGCUCGUACCGCGACUCGAUCUACCAAAACCGCCACAUCUUCAAGGACAAGGUUGUUCUCGAUGUCGGCUGUGGUACCGGUAUUCUGAGCAUGUUCGCUGCUCGUUCCGGUGCCAAGCACGUCAUUGGUGUUGACAUGUCCUCGAUCAUCGAGAAGGCCCGUGAGAUCGUGCACGUCAACGGCUUGUCCGACAAGAUCACUCUUCUCCAGGGCAAGAUGGAGGAGGUGAACCUCCCCUUCCCCAAGGUCGAUAUCAUUAUCUCCGAGUGGAUGGGUUACUUCCUUCUCUACGAGUCCAUGCUGGACACUGUUCUCUACGCUCGUGACACCUACCUCAACCCCGGUGGUCUGAUCUUCCCCGACAAGGCCACCAUGUACGUUGCCGGUAUCGAGGAUGGCGACUACAAGGAUGACAAGAUUGGAUUCUGGGACAACGUCUACGGAUUCGACUACAGCCCCAUGAAGGAGAUUGCUCUCAACGAGCCUCUCGUCGACACCGUCGAGAUGAAGGCGCUUGUUACUGACCCCUGCCCUAUCAUUACCUUUGAUCUUAACACCGUCACUACCGCCGACCUCGCCUUCAAGGUCCCCUACGCCCUCAGCGCCAAGCGCCCCGACUUCAUCCACGCCUUGAUCGCCUGGUUCGACAUCGAGUUCAGCGCUUGCCACAAGCCCAUUCACUUCUCGACUGGCCCUCACGCCAAGUAUACCCACUGGAAGCAGACUGUCUUCUACCUGCGUGACGUUCUUACCGUCGAGGAGGAUGAGAAGGUCUCCGGCUGGAUCGAGAACCGCCCCAACGACAAGAACAAGCGUGACCUGGACAUCGGUAUCUCCUAUAAGUUUGAAACUGCUGACCCCACUCGCUCUGCCGAGGGUGGUUGCUUGUACCGGAUGUGUUAA